CAAUCUUACGUAUUUGUUGCUGGUAUCCUCUUUCCACAAAAGAACCGUGCGUCCAUGGUAAAAAAAAAUCCAAUCAGGUCAAUAGACAUCGGGAAUCCGACAAUUCCGAACUGCAGUUCAUCUCAUCACUGACUGGCGGCGACGUGUGUUGGGAUUCACUCGUGCAGACAUGGCAAUGUUCAUGUGGAUUGGUGCGAUUUAGAAUUUUCCUGUGUUUUUAAACAUGCCGGCUGGUUACAUGGAGGGAAGACGGAAAUCCGACAUGCGGUACAAGUCAACGGGGCUGAUGGUUCUUGUGGUGUUUCUGGUCUCCAUGUAUGUGUUAAUUGCACUUUCAACCAUGCAACACCACGUGACUUGCAUACCCUCCUGGCAAUCAGACGCCUACCAGCUCGACCGAAAGCUCCAGGUUGAGGUCACAUACAAGGAGUCCGAUAAGAAGCCGUUGGUCGGAGUCCAGGAAGCAGACCCGUCUAACAGCCAUCGAGGAGCAAGACAAGCAGCUGGCCGGGGAGGUGAUGCAGUGAUGACGGCAAGACAGAACCAAAGCCAGCAUGCUUGCACCGAAGCUGAUAUCAGUCGACGAUCCGGUACAGUGGUGCUAACCACUACCAACACGGCAUUCUUAGACAUGACUGAGAACUGGCUAGCAAGCAUCCGGCGAACCAAGACCUGCCCCAACAUCACCGUAGUAGCUGAGGAUCAGAAGGCAUACCAGUAUCUCUCCAAUAGAAAGCUGGCCGGAGUGCAUGUCCUACAAACCCAGUCUGGUCUCGCUUCGACGAACAAACUUGUCUUCAACACCAACGAGUACAAGAAGUUCGUCAACAAGCGACAGCGUUACAUCUUGAAGUUCCUGGAGGGAGGCUGGGAGGUGCUGUUCACUGACGUGGACACCUUCUGGCUGAGAGAUCCGUUCCCGUUUUUACGAGGAAACUUUGACCUGGCCAUGGAGCAGGACAAUUACCGCAAGGUGAAGCCGAAUGAUCGGAACUACUGCGCGGGGUUCGUUUACUUUCGGCCCACCGAACGCACUUUGAAAUUCGUCCGGGAAUGGAUCCGGUACAUGGCGGAGGACAAGAAGCUCAAACCCGACCAGGUCGUCAUGAACCAUCUGAUCAGGACGAAGAAAGUCCCCCGGCUGCAAGUCCGGGUCCUCAAUUGGGACCGGUUCCCGAACGGGAAGCUGUUCUUCAACGAGACGUGGCGGAGGGAGCGGAGUGAUUUCGUGGUGGUUCAUAACAACUGGAUCGUUGGACACGACACUAAGGUGGAGCGGUUCCGGAAUCUUAACAUGUGGUUGGUGGACCCAGACAUGAAAUUCCCGCCAUCUUGAUUGUCACGAGGCCAGGUUCUCAUUCAAAGCAUUCCAACUCAAAGACCAAGGAGGGAAGAGUGCUUGUAAUG